UCCACAGGUUAAUCAUGGCUUACAGGAUUGCAAUCCGUCCAUCUCUAACCUUUGUUGGUCUGCAGACAAGAAAGCAACAUUUAGGAAUCGCAAUACAAAGUGUGAUUCGCUUGCAGCAGACGCAAGCUGCAAUGGAAAGCGUCGACGCAAAAUCCUACGACCAAAUUCCUGGGCCGAAGGGGCUGCCUCUAGUUGGAACACUUUUUGACUACGUUCGAAAUAAGGGUCAUACAAGAGUGCAUGAAAUCCAGGGCGAGCGAGUUCAAGAGUAUGGUGAGAUUUAUCGCGAGAAACUCCUUGAUCUAGAAACUGUAACCAUAUCCAACGUUGACGAUGUUCAAUACUUGUUUCGUAACGAAGGAAAAUACCCUCAACGGGAACCACAGUUUCCCCUCUGGAUGAAGUAUAAGGAAGAACGGAAACAAGCCCACGGAGUGUUCAGCUUACAAGGAGAGGAGUGGUUUAAAGUUCGUCGAGUGUUGAACAUGAAAAUGCUAAAACCUAAAGUUGUUGGUGAAUACUCAAAACCACUGAAUGAUGUCAUAUCUGACCUACUAAAUCGGACGAAACAGACACGUGAUAGUGACGGUGUCAUUCCCGACAUUCAACAGGAACUCUUCAAGUGGUCUUUAGAAUCGGUUGGCACGGUACUUUUUGAAACAAGAUUUGGCACCUUUGGUGAAUCACCGUCACCUGAGGCUGCCAAGUUUAUUGAAGCUGUUGAGAAACUGUUCAAUCUGUUUCUGAAGGCAUAUGUUAUACCUCUUUGGAUUGACAAAUUCUACAGACCGAAGAGCUUUCGAGAAUUUUACGACUGCAUGGAUGUGAUGUACGACUUUGGCAACAGUUGUAUCGAAAACAGGUUGAGCGAAAUUCGUAAAAGACUGGAAAAUGGAGAAGCACAGGACGAAGAUGCAGCGGAGUUUUUGACUUUUCUAAUCGGCAGAGAUGACAUCAGUUCCACAGAAAUCACGGCAAACUUGGUGGAGAUAUUGAUGGCUGCCGUGGAAACGACGUCAAACACAAGCCUGUGGACGUUGUAUCUGCUUGCACGAAAUCCUUCUGUACAAAAACAGCUUCAUGAAGAAGUUAGCGCAGUUCUUCAACCAGGUGAACUAGCAACUCCUGCUACUUUGCAGAAGAUGCCAUUUCUUAGAGGAUGUGUCAAGGAAACUUUGAGGCUCUUUCCAGUGGCAACGGAAAACGCUCGCAUUCUUCAGGAAGACAUCGUCAUUCAGGGUUACCGCAUACCACCAAACACGAUGAUACGUGUUCCACUGUAUGUGAUGGGUCGUGAUCCAGCACUGUUUGAUGAUCCUUUAGAGUACAAACCUGACCGGUGGCUGAGGGAUGACACAAACAAGUCCCAUUACCAUGCAUUCGCCUCGCAACCUUUUGGAUUUGGCACCAGGAUGUGCCUUGGUCGCCGUGUAGCAGAACUGGAAAUGCAUCUUCUUUUAUCUCGGGUGUCGCAGAACGUCUGGCUUGAGUCGCUUAAUGAAGUGAAACCAACGAGCAUUUCGCUUCUUGUCCCCGACAGGGAAGUCAAAUUAAGAUUUAUUGACCGCUGAUAUUAAACAGACUUUAAAUGUACAAUACCAGAAAAUCUGUUCAUUUUGAAACUUCACUUUCAUCCGACAGGAAGAGAUAAAUCUGAAAAUUAAGGGCUGCUGACUGAGUGGUCCUAAUCAGUUGAUGUAAUCUGCCCCAGUUUUGGCCUUCCAGGUCACUCACAAUUUUUGUGUUUCUUUACAAUUUUAUUCAAGUAAGGACGUCUGAUCAGUACUCAAAUUUCCUAAGCCUGUAAUUGCGAAUACAUUUUUUCGUGAACCAAACGAAAACGUCCUUUUUUCCAGCUCCACGAGUCUCUCCUAAUAUUGCUCUACACAUGAUUUAAAUACAGCUCGAAGAGAUAGUUAAAAUUUACUGUGAAAACCAACUUUAAUUCUGUAAGAACAUUGGUUCUUAGAAAUUUAUUACGUAUAUUCUUUAGUGCUUGCUAACUCAGCGAGAAAGAAACUAAGAAACGCCACAUUACGAUAGAACACAACGACUGCCUCUUCUUUACCGCGGCGAAUAAAUAUGUCCUGAACUGUAGCCAAGCUGUUCUGCAAGAAACAUUUACAAUUACCAGUUUAUCCACGAAGAAGAAGUAAACUCCGAAAAUUAUGCAAAUUUCAUCCUCGCCAUCAGAGAGAAUACAAAAGAAUUAACUACUUACCGCCGUUUGAGACUCCAAAAAGUGACCUUACUAUUCGAAAGUUGUCUAUAAAAGUGCAAAGGAUUCGAGCAUGGAAGCUGCCAUUUGUAAGAUCGAUCAGUAACCUGGCCGUACACGCUAAACUACAACGCAGUUCAUAAACAGUUGCUGCUCUACUUGACGCAACAGAUAUGUACUUCAGUUAAAAAUACUAUUUGUGUAGCUCCUUUUUGUUUUAAUACGACUGAAGGGAUGGGGCAAGAGGUGUAAGACUUUCCAAGUCACAGGUAAGCGGCGAGGUUGCUAAGCGAGAUUCAAAAUGGCGGCUUUUGUCGACUUUUUGUCACACUUGAAGACGAAGUCGUAAGGUAAGGUUAACUUUUGGAAUUUCAAAACGCGGACAAAUAAUACUAAUGUCAAAUAUACUUUUUAAUGGGAGAGAUAGAUUGUAUGGUUUUGGGAGCAUAACUCUCUUAAAACAGGAAUAGCCGGAGUAAGAUGUUGAUGACAUACUAAUCUUCAUGAUUAAAAUGGUCUGUUUACUGAUCUAUCAAUGGUUUGA